ACACCACACUUUUGUGUCAUGUCGUCUGACGGACGGUCGUGUGCCGUUGAUUUUUCUUUUGGGUGUGUUUAUGACGUGAUUUAAUUGUUAUUAGCAUAUAACUGGACUUGUUUGUAACAGUAAACAGUGGCGAUAAGCAAAGUGUUAAUAUGUUGCGGUAUUUAGUGGAUAAAUUUUGGGAUGAAGAUGUGUGGUUGCCCCCAAAUACUACCUGGGAGGAUUUGGCCCCAGGGCCUGAUAAACCUGUGGUUUAUAAUGACCACAGGCACCUUCUGUACCCCCUGCCCUUAGCAGUGGUGCUGAUAAUCCUGCGGCACCUACUAGAAAAGUACUGGUUUGCGCCAUUCGGAAAGUCUUUAGGUAUUAAGAACACAAGACCAAAGAAAGCACCCAGUAACCCUAAACUAGAGUUGGCCUACCAGACAUCACCUAAAAUUAAACAUAAGCAGUUCUUUUUGAGCAAGGAUGAGAUAUGCGCGCUAGCCAAGCAACUAGACAUGUCAGAACGCCAGGUCGAGCGAUGGUGGCGCCUCCGUCGGUCUCAGGACAAGCCGUCCACCCUCGUCAAGUUCUGCGAGAACGCGUGGAGAUGUACCUUCUAUCUGUACAACUUCUCCUUCGGACUUUUCAUUCUUUGGGACAAGGACUGGCUGUGGGAGAUAGAUAACUGCUACAUUGGGUAUCCGCAUCAGGGCCUAACGACCGACGUGUGGUGGUACUACAUGAUUUCCUCCGCCUUCUACUGGUCACUCUCGAUGUCCCAGUUCUGGGACGUCCGUCGCAAGGACUUCUGGCAGAUGUUCGUCCAUCAUCUGGCCACCAUCAUGCUGUUGUCCUUCAGUUGGGUCUGCAAUCUGCACCGGAUUGGUACGCUGGUGCUGCUGUCACAUGACUGUGCGGAUAUAUUUUUAGAGCAAGCGACCAUUGCGACGCGCUUGUGGCGCCGGCGAACAUUUGCGGCAAAGGCCACGAAGUACGCCGGCUACCAAAGGUUCUGCGACUGCGUGUUUGCUGUGUUCACCGUGCUCUGGAUCGUGACGAGGUUGGGGAUAUUCCCAUUCUAUAUUAUUUGGAGUACAUCGAUCCGCGCACCGAUGCUGGUCCCAAUGUUUCCGGCCUACUACAUCUUUAAUUCCCUACUGUGCCUACUACUAGCCCUGCAUAUGGUCUGGACGUGGCUGAUUCUCCAAGUCGCAUAUAAGACCAUCAAGGCUGGCCAGAUGGAGGGUGACAUUCGCAGCUCGAGUUCAGACAUCAGCGACAGCUCGCAUUACUCUAAUCACAGCACGCCCAACCGGGUCAACAAUAAAAAAGACACAUAGAGCACGUUGCGCCCCGCGCAGUGGGCGCGCUCCGGACUGCGGCCGGCAGGUUGUACUCGGACCUACCGCAUACCGGCUACUCUUGACACUAACAUUAUUUCGACACCGUACUCCUGACUGCUGUUUGACGACGUGGUUGUAUGUAUCGCAUACCAGCUCUCACGAUUAUUUCGAUACCGGUUUACAAACAAAAACCGGUUAAAUUCAUAUACCAUCACAAAAACCGGUUUAUUAUUGUAGCCUGUUAAAAUUGUAUUUAAAAAAGCCGGAUUAGUAGGACACAGUCUGGUUUCAAUUUGAUCACAUAUUGUCUAUUUUGACUGUUGUAUUAUAAAUGCCAUAUAUGAGAGAAAAAGUCACUAAGGACAAUGUCUAGGGUAAACACAAAUCAAAAUAUUUAAUAAUCAAAUAAUUUGAUUUAUUUUAUGGUUGUAUUGAAAUAUUGUAUUCUUCUUCUACAGGCCUACUACUCGUCGCUUCUCUAUCUAGAGAACCGACUAAAAUAAGCAGUAGGGCUGUACGAUUAAACAUAGAAGUGCAAAACGGUUUUUUUAGUUGGAUUAACGCCGUCCUGAUUUUGAUUUAAUUAUUUUAUAUGAUUUUUAAGAAAACACUUUGUUUUUCCUCAGUAUUUUUUUUGUGUACAUAUAAUUUUAUCGUACUUAAAGUAAAUUUCUUUUUGUACUUUGUUUUUUACUUUAGGAUUGUCGUUUUUCAAUAUUUACUGUUUAACAUAUUGAAGAAACGGCUGGUGUCGCGGUAUCCUUAAUUAAGUAUCAAUACAGAUACAAGUUUCUUGAUACUUACAUAGUUGCAUAAUUAUAAUAAAAGGACAUAUAUUCUGUUUACUUGGACAAGAACGUAGAUAUUGAUGAUAAAAGAAAAAAAUGGUUUCGUAAGUUUUGUAAUAACGUCGGUGAUAGAGAAUGAAUUACAAUUAAUUUAGUUUUUACGUUACAUAUUAAAAGGGUGGAGUUGCAGUAACUUUAUCUAUCGAUAAAAACUGACCCUUAUUAGUGUAUCUAAAUCAGAAAAUUGUACAGUAACCAAAAAUUUAUCCUAAUAUUAAUUAUACAUAGGAGUUCGCACGAUUGCCUUACCUUGUUAAAGGUAUUUUGCAUAUAAAUAUAAGUCCUAAUAAUAUUAUGCAAUGGAUAGUUAGCUAUUGGAAUUGGUACUAAAUAAUAUAUGCUAAUGCAUAAUAUAAUAAAGUCAUGGUGCAUUAAAGUACAUGUAAAAGUGGAAAAACUAUGUCAACGUCACAGAGACGAUGACAUAAGAUAUCAUUUAUCACUAACUAUACUAUCUUUACUUAUAUAAACCCACGCAAAUCUAUGACCAGCAAAUUCAAUGUCUAAGAAAUACGACAAGUUUCUAGUUAUAAAGUUAUUGUCAGAGUCGAUUGACUUGGCAAAAUCUGUGUAAAACCGUAUUCAGGUCUUACUCAGAUGUGCAGAACCGGUUUUAAGUUAGUUUGUGUUAUAUGACAAAAUUUCAAUUACAAUUUAACUUUACUCUUAUAAACAACGAAGCUUUAUUGACAUGUAUAUAAAAAUAUAGUGUACAAUGUACUUAUGCCAUCACAUACAAUUACUUUAUUUUAUUUAAUAUUCUUAACUUUCUCUAUCGCGCCUGUUCAUUAGUAUUUACUACUGUUAUUCUCUAUGAAGUCACAAAUGACUGCUAUUGCACUACUACUCUGUGAUUAUUUAAAACUACGUGUCUCAAUGUUUUAUUGGUUAAGUGACUUAAAUUUAUAUUAAAUCCGUUGUCUUCUAAAGAUUAAAGUCCUUUUGACCUUGGAGAAUUAACAACUAGAGACGCCUGGUCUAUAAUUUUCUGUACAAAACAGUCUUCCGGUUUUUGUCGGGAGGUGCACGUAACGUACAAAUAGCCAUGUCAGAUAAACAUCAGUCCAUACAAUAUAUAUGACCAUUGGACGAGGUUUUCGACAGAGGGGUUAGCUCCUAAAGGCGACUCCAGAUGUUAAAUUCUCCAAGCCUUUGACAGUCAAAUGAGUUACUUACUGGCAAUCAAACUUAUUGAAAAUUUUAAGAAAAUAAGAAUAAAUGAAUAAACUACGGUUCAUGUGAUAUUUUUUCGGUUUAUAAUUAUUAAAGAUAAUAGUUUACCCGUUUAUAAAGUCGACGAAAACGGUUAUUUUAGGCCAGUUUUGUAAAUAUUCUAUUGAAUGGGACCACGUAGUUGAAAUUAGCUACACGCUUCCAUAUUUAAAUGUACUUUUAAGUAAUAUUUUACUUUGACAAAUAAUGAUGUUGAAAAUUAGUGCGAUAACUUACCUCCCCCUGUAUACAAAUGUAUAUGCAGGGGCCCUGUACAUACAUUUGUUUGCAGGGGGGGUCAACUAUCUGAGCAGCUUGCGUGCAAUGUACGUAUGUUCAAAACAUUUACUAUAUUAAUUUUAUCCAAAGUGUCUGAAAUAUUUCGUUUAUUAUUUAAUCCGCCUUCAUAUUAGAUAACUUCUUAGAAUAACAUUGUGUUCAAUCCACUGGCGGCAAUUGAAAUGUAAUGUCCUAAUGUCAUACACGAGGGUUGGGAAUCUCAACAUCUCAACUUACCACAAGUUGUGUGUAUCAUGUUCAUGAUUUUUAGCUACUUAAUUUUACUACAGCUAUUAAGGGCUCAAUAGGACGCGUUUUCACUUAGUGUUCUGAACAAACAUUUUUUUGAGCAUAUGUUUGCUCCUCCCAUUUACUUUUGGAGCAAGUGUUUCCACUAAACCAACGAACGAUACCUUGCUCAGAUUUGUUCAGAACCCUAAGUGAAAACGCGGCUUUAGACGGCGUUUAAUUACAUUGCAGACUAUUGAAGUUACACUCAAUUUAGCUGACUCAUCAAAUACCGCUAUGCAAGGCUCGGAACCGGUUUUAAAAAUAGCGGUAAAUACCAGUUUAUUUCGGUUUUACUCCAAACUUUUAUAAUAACGCGAACGUUUAAAGAGCUUUAUUGUAACUUAAAUAAACCGGUUUAUUCUACGAGUGACGAGGCGGCCGGCCAGCUUGUUGGAGUGCUGCGAAAACAAAGAUACUGACAUAGGAAGAAACCGGUUAUUAUUGUUCUGAACCGGUUAAUUUAACGAGACCUUUAUGGAAAUGUUCUCUUCAAAACCGGCUAAAAAAAUGACGAUUUUACGAACGAAACCGAAAUUAAAAGGUUUAGCGCCAAAUGCAUGAUCACGGUUUGGAAAUUUUACCGGUUUCCUAGCCUUGCCGCUAUGUAAUGAAACUCGCAUGCGAGUUCUCGCACCGUCAUAAUGAGCCCUAAAAUACACUUUUUGGAUGGCGAGAGACUUACAAUUAAUUAUUUAUAGAAUUGCAAACACAGUGAGUAUUUAAAACUACUUAUCAAGUUAUGUGUAGGUUGUACAAAGGUUCGUCAGUGUCAAAAGUCGUACGUUCGUGCCUUUUCUCACCUGGUUGUAUAAUUGUAUAUUAAAUAAACCCAUUAAUUCCAAAGAGUGAGAUAAUUUCGGUAUGUUAUUAUAUUUGAUUUACCUGUAUUUGUAGAGUACCGUUUUGAACUAAUAAAGUUUAUUAUAAGUGUUACUCAUGUUAUGAGUAAUUAAAUUAUAUCCCCAUCUAAACGGUUUUCUUAGACCACUAGAGUUACUUACUUAUUAACUUGCUAGAAUAGAUAGAAGCAGGGAUCGGAAAACGGUAUUUCUUGUAUAGUAACGAAAAUGGUAUAUUUCGUUAUUUGUUAAUUAUUCCUUUUCUAAUUGGGUAAUCUAACGAAGUCGUUAUUUAAAAACACAACUGAGUCCUACAUUUGGAGUAUAAAAUAAACCGAAAUAUAUGUUGUUGUCCUAAAGCACCCCAGAGGUGCAAAGGGCCUUCCUAUACAAGCUCGCGCCACGCCUUCCUAUCUUCAGCUCGCCUUCUGACCUCGCUUCAGCUCAACCCGACCGCUCGUAGCUCUCUUAGGACGGACCGUUGCCAAGAGUGUACAGGACGCCCGGACCUACGGCUUCCGUCCGGCGGUUUCCACGCGAAAGCUAUGGUAGCAUUAUUCGUUUCCCCUCUUCUAAUAGUAUGUCCUAUCCAUCUCCAUUCCCGUGUCGCAAUUUCUUCGUCAAUGGGUGUUUGCCGGCAUAUACUCCAUUGGUCUUCAUUUCGAAUGGUUUUUGUCCAGAAUAUAUGGUUAUCUCGAAGUUUUUCCAAGAAACCGGUUCCGAUCCUGGGGUAGAAUCGCUUACGUCAUAUUAUCCUACGAACUUUCGAAGUAACAAUUUCAGUUAUAUUUUGACAAAUGUGUCAGCUUAUGAACAAAGCAAAAUGGGCAUCUCAUGACUACAUGAUAUGAUUAUAUCACAUCUUUUGGAAUAAGUACUUGUUGUAUCAAAUGAUUUGUUAAAUAAAUAAUUAGACUAAGAUUUGUGGUCUCGGAUACUAGAUACUUUAGAUAGUCAACUUGUAGAUAGGUAAUUUUAUUUAAUUCUUAGUUAGUGCCUUUUACACACGCAACACUACAAAAUCAUUCCUUUAUAGUACGAUGGUGAUAAAAAUGGUUAGCUUGAUAAAUCUAAAUUAGUCUGUGGUUUUUAGGUGCGUGUGUGAAGCAGAGAUAUAAAUGCUUGUUUCGCAUCGUUAAAAUAAUGUUUUCUGUAUCAAAAACAGAUGUGUGUGUUCAGAAUUAAAAAGAACAAUUUAUAAUACCUGUUGGAUUCAUGAAAAUUUGAUAAGAGCAAAACGACAGAAAAUUUAGUUAUGAUAGGUUACCGAAUUGAAAACAAAAGUUUUGAACAAAGCAGGGCUCGGGACUGGUAUUGAAAAUAUCGUUCCUAACCCGUUAUAUUAUUUCGUGACUUAAAAACCAGUUAUUUGACGGAACUCAAACUAAUAAAAAUUCGUUCUCAUUACCGGUUAGAAGAAGGAAAGAAAUUCUAACGAACGUACGAUAUAAAAAUAGGAUAAACUCGUUUUCAUACGUGAAAGAGAUUUCUUUAACCGGUAACCGCAAACGGAUCCUUUUUUUCUUUUCCGGUUGUAUGAACAAAACGAUGUGAAAAAUAACAGUUUCCGUGCCCUGGAACAAAGAAUACAUUUGUCACAUUGGUUAGGGUAGAUAGGUAGGUCCUUCAAUGCUAAUCUGACAUACAUAAUUAAAACCAUAGCCUAAACCCUCUACAUAUAACUCGUAAUACAUUUAGUUAUACCAAUAUAAUUUUUUACCGGUUUUUCUGUCUUCAUCAUAUCCAUAUACAUAUUAUAUAAGUUCCAAACGCACCAUUAUUCUAACUAAAUGGCAUAAAUUAAUAUAAGUGUUCAUGUUAACAUCAAAUUCAUAUCAUUAAUAUAAAUAUCUACAUAGGUGCUAUUGCUUAAGAAAAAUGUUUAAUUGAAACUAUUCUAGUAAAAAAUACAAUUUUGCUUGUUUAUAAAAUAUGAAACAGUUUCAUCCUCUCUCUCGCUUACGGCAAUAACUAUUAAUUAAUAUUUGGGUCAAACAAGAAUCAAGUUAUUGGUAAAAUUAAGUGAUGUGACAAAUAAAAUAACGAUUAAUUCAUUCUAAGAAAAACAUUGGCUGUUUUUGAGUUUCAUGCGAAAAUUCGAAAAAAUGUGUACUUAUAUUUUCUGAGUUCUUACACACAGCUACAAGUAACUUUAAUCCCAAACUCUGUUGUUUUCGAAAAUAUAAUUUUUGGCCUUAAAAAAUGUAGUGUAAGAUGUUAUCACGGGUAAGUGCGGCUGUGGGAUAAAUGUGACUGGCCUUAACACCGGUGCCUGUUUUCACAUUGAUAAAGGCUUGUGCGUAGACGUGCAGGUGCACGUGCGCGUUGUAAUAUAGUUAAUAUACAGAUCCUUAUGAACGACGGCACACCGCUGUCAUGAUGUGUGCAUGCAUGGUUCAAACAUUUUGUCUCACGUACACGUAUACGCACGCAGCCAGUAUGCUCUGGCCUAGUGUUUAGUGCGAGUUCGUAGAUUUUUACUAAACUCAAAAAUGUAUGAACUCGCAAACAUUAACGAAUUAACGUGAAAGCAGGCCCCAAUCUGACACUUAACUUGCCCAGCCACACUUAACCCGCAACCACACUUAUCCCUAUUGACUUUAGUAUAAUAAUAUUUUAGUUGUCAUAAUAUGCACCCAAAAGGCCUUGCACUUAGAUUACAUUAGUCCUAAGUUAUUUAUUGUUACGCAAAUAAAACACCCAAAGAUAUGCUUAAAUAAAGCUUAGGAAUUGUUAAAGGAUAAGAAUUUUAUAAAAAAAGUAGGUAAAAUUGUUUUGUUCUUAAGCAAAAGGUAUACAUACAGUUUCAUAAGAGUUUUUUUUCACAUAGAUUGGGAACGGGCAUCUCCAUACAAUUUAUAACCUUAAAACGCAAAAUUUUCUUGAGAUGACAGCUGUUGUACAGUAACUCAUCUCAAUAAAAUUUUGCGUUCAAGCUAUGUGAAAAAUAAAAAAUAAAAAUUUAACACAUUCGCUACGAACGUUUUCGUAGCGCUACGCUCGUAGCCGAUCCCAGCGUUUUCCCGCUUCGAACAGAGAACCCGCCGAGUGGGUUCCCGGUACUCAAUGUGUUAAAUAAGUGUCUGUAUUUAAAAACAGAGGAGGGAAGAAAUUCCUUUUUCAUUCCACGGUAAAGAUAGAAUAUGAACUCAUAUUUACGCAAAAGAUGGUACUUUAGUUAAGAACGUCAUAUUUAUGCAGUGUAUCCCUAGCCAUUGGACAAAGCCGAAAUGUACAUAUGCAUGAGGGUAUUUAGAACCAGUGUACAGAGUAUCAUAACAACCGGUGUAGCGGUUUCGAAGAAAUUAACAAAUUACCAUUUUUUAUUUUGGAGCAGCCUGUAUGUGUUAGUAGCUCCUAAGGUAAUAUCUUCAAAGCAUAGUAUGGAACCUUCUUCGACCUUUUUGAUUAUCUUUUUUAUUUAUAACACUAAUAAGCUUCUGACUUUUGAAAAAUGUCAUCAUUAUCAAAUAUUUCGAACAAAUUGUCAAAAACACUACCAAAGAUUAACACAGUGUGUUUCUUUUUGUUGUCGAUUAUUGCAAAUAACUUUUGUUCGAAAAAUUUAUGUUUUUAUCUUGUGUUCUAAUUAAAAAAUAUUAUCGUCAGAGCAUUUCUGAGAAGUAACCCUACGUGGGGAUUCAGGGUUUGUCCAAUGGCUAAGGUCACCCUGUAUACUAUUUCAAACAGAGUCAAGUUUUAGUGUCCAGUUGCCUAAAAGAAAUUGUAUUUUUUUUUAUGUUUGCCUCCUUUUUUGCUAAAAAUUAUAAUAAUGUGGGAUUUUGAUAGGCCUCUGAAUAAAAACCAAAAUAGCACUUGAUGUUUUUAUUUAAAUAGCAAAAACUAAUUUUAAUGAAUAAUUAACACCUUUAACGCACGCUCGCUCGCUCACCAUUCGAAUCGUUCUCCCAAAAUUAUGUGGGAUUUUGAUAGGCCUCUGAAUAAAAACCAAAAUAGCACUUGAUGUUUUUAUUCAGAGGCCUAUCAAAAUCCCACAAUAAUAAUAAAUAACAAGUACAGAUAAAAAUGUGUAAAAAUAUUUUAUACUGUGUACAUGUAAUUUUUACUUUACAAUAUCACGUAAAUUAUAGUCCGUGUCAUCCACGAUGACGCGCAGAUUUGUCAAAUCUAACAUUUAAUAAUGUGACAAUAUGAGCGAAGGCACGCGUCUUCGUGAAUGACACGAUCUAUGCUAAUCUUAGCUCUUAAGACAAAUUUAUGAAGUCCAGUAUUUUUUUUUUUGAUACUUAAUAAUUCUUUCGUAUAAAAAAUGAAAUUAUAGUUAUUUAGGGUUUUUAAUCAUUAUGUGUGUUAAUUCCUGACUGUUAAUUUUUUGAUUAAAUUUUAUUAAUGUUUUAAUUACGGCCUGUAUUGAUAAUGCCUAUUUAAAUAAUAGUAAUAAUUUACCAACAUAAUUUUUCCACAAACGAUGAUAUUUGUGUAUAUACCUUCCUCCAGAUAAAGGUAAACUAACCUUUUGACCGCCAAAGACGUCAUAUGACGCGCACGGCUACAACCCAAUAUCAACCUUCAUGCGUACCGAUAAGGUUCACGAUUACGCGCCGCGUGCGAUAGGCGUGGGGUUCAAAUGGUUAAGCUUUAUAUCAAUGACAUAACAAUGUUGACAUAAACAGCUUAUUUCCGUUAACUGUACAGUUAGAUUUUUCAAGAUGUCUGAAUUGUUUUAAGAGCUCUUAGAGUCAGACCAAGAUAAGUUAGCAGCGAUUUUGAUAGCCCAGCCUGUGUAAGUUAAAGCAAACUUCAUCAUUUCAUACAAAUUUGACGUUUAAAAUAAUACUUUCACUGUCUGGGCUGUCAAAAUCGCUGCCAACAUAUCUUGGUCUGACUCUAAGUAACAUUCGGACAUCUAAGAAAAUCUAAUUAUGGCACAUCACACACAAGCUCAAAGAAAAACAAAAUCUAAAUUACGUUAUCUGCCUCUCUAUUGCUCUUGCACAUUUGAGCGAUUAUACAAGGAGGCCAAAAAAUAUGUGCAUUCCCGUUGCCAGGGAGGUUUUGGGCUUAUACUGAGCAACUUUUACUUUGGGACCAACCCCUCUAUUCUUCCUCGCGUUGUCCCGGCAUUUUGCCACGGCUCAUGGGAGCCUGGGGUUCGCUAGGCAACUAAUCCCGAGAAUUGGCGUAAGCAUUAGAUUUUACGAAAGCGACUGCCAUCUGACCUUCCAACCUAGAGGGUAAACUAGGCCUUGUUGGGAUUAGUCCGGUUUCCUCACGAUGUUUUCCUUCACUGAAAAGCGACUGGUAAAUAUCAAAUGAUAUUUCGUACAUAAGUUCCGAAAACUCAUUGGUACGAGCCGGGGUUUGAACCCGUGACCUCCGGAUUGCAAGUCGCACGUUCUUACCGCUAGGCCACCAGCGCUUAUUCUAUGGGACCAACCCCGAAAUCGCGAAAAAUAUUUUUACCUUCCAAUAGAAAAUGGACCAGCUAAAAUGUAUGAAACAGCCAGAAAAUUAGUAGCCCAAAACCUCCCUGGCAACGGGAAUGCACAUAUUUUUUUGCCGCCUUGUAUAUACUUUGACACACUCACUUUGUCAUUAUAAAAAGGCGGCAAAUAUAAAAAAAAAUUGGCGGCAAGUGUUGACUCCCCAUAGAAAAUUUGAAUUUCGUGCCUUUUACUACUGACAAAAUGGGUUUCUUUUGAGUAAUUCAGAGCCUGCAUUUGUCACGAAAUAUAUUCAGAUAUUGUCUAUGACAUCUGUCAUUUUGUAUAGAAAUUUGAAUAUAUUCUGUCCAUAGAUAUUCAGACUUUGAAUUUCACAAAAAAAUCAAAUCGCUAAACCACAAUUUCUGUUUAAAACAUAUUUAUUUUAUUUUAUUCGAAUAUGACAUGACAUAAUACAUCCUUUAAUUAUAAUAAACACAAAUGGG